GCCCCUCCCUCUGGUUCCAGCAUGUUCCUCCUGGUGGGCGCGCCCAAGGCCAACACCACGCAGCCGGGCGUCGUGGAGGGCGGCCAGGUCCUCAGGUGCGACUGGGCGUCCCAGCGGCGGUGCCAGCCCAUCGAGUUCGACGCCACAGGCAACCGGGACUAUGCCAAGGACGACCCGUUGGAAUUUAAGUCGCACCAGUGGUUUGGCGCAUCCGUGAGGUCCAAGCAGGACAAAAUCUUGGCCUGCGCCCCGCUGUACCACUGGAGGACGGAGACGAAGCAGGAGCGAGAGCCCGUGGGCACCUGCUUCCUUCAGGACGGGGCGCGGACCGUGGAGUACGCCCCGUGCCGGUCAAAAAAUAUUGAUGCUGAUGGACAGGGAUUCUGUCAAGGAGGAUUCAGCAUUGAUUUUACGAAGGCCGGCAGAGUGCUUCUUGGUGGUCCUGGGAGCUUUUAUUGGCAAGGUCAGCUCAUAUCGGACCAAGUGGCAGAAAUUGUUUCUAAAUACGACCCCAAGGUUUACAGCAUCCAGUACAGCAACCAGCUGGCAACGCGGACCGCACAGGCCGUGUUUGACGACAGCUACUUGGGUUACUCGGUGGCCGUCGGCGAUUUCAACGGGGACGGCGUCGACGACUUUGUCUCGGGAGUUCCGAGAGCAGCGAGGACUUUGGGAAUGGUUUAUAUUUACGACGGGAAGAACAUGUCCUCCUUACACAACUUCACUGGCGAGCAGAUGGCUGCGUAUUUCGGAUUUGCUGUCGCUGCCACGGACAUCAAUGGGGACGACUACGCGGACGUGUUCGUGGGCGCCCCGCUGUUCAUGGACCGCGGCUCGGACGGGAAGCUGCAGGAGGUGGGGCAGGUCUCCUUCGGCAGCAUCGCACCGCUGGGAGACCUGGACCAGGACGGCUUCAACGAUAUCGCCAUCGCCGCUCCCUACGGGGGUGAAGACAGGAAGGGGAUCGUUUACAUCUUCAACGGCAGAUCCACGGGCUUGAACGCGGCGCCGUCGCAGGCCCUGGAGGGGAGGUGGGCCGCACAGACCAUGCCGCCCAGCUUCGGCUACGCCAUGAAGGGAGCCACGGACAUCGACCGCAACGGGUACCCAGACUUGGUUGUGGGAGCUUUUGGUGUGGACAGAGCUGUGUUGUACAGAGCCAGACCGGUCAUCACAGUCAAUGCUGGCCUUGAAGUCUACCCGAGCAUUUUAAACCAAGACAAUAAGACCUGCUUGCUGCCUGGGACAGAUCUUAAAGUUUCCUGCUUCAACGUCAGGUUCUGCCUGCGGGCGGACGGCAAAGGCACGCUUCCCGCCAAACUGAACUUUCAGGUGGAGCUUCUUUUGGAUAAACUCAAGCAAAAGGGAGCAAUUCGCCGAGCACUGUUUCUCCAUAACAGGUCCUCGGGCCACCCCAAGAACAUGACCGUCUCCCGGGGGGGCCGCAUGCAGUGCGAGGAGCUGGUGGCGUACCUGCGGGAUGAGUCCGAGUUUAGAGACAAGCUCACUCCCAUCACCAUUUUCAUGGAGUACCGGCUGGACUACAGAACGGCGGCUGACGCCACCGGCCUGCGGCCCAUCCUCAACCAGUUCACGCCCGCCAACCUCAGUCGGCAGGCUCACAUCCUCCUGGACUGCGGCGAAGACAACGUCUGCAAACCCAAGCUGGAGGUCUCCGUGGACAGAGACCAGAAGAAGAUCUACGUCGGGGACGACAACCCCCUGACCUUGAUGGUGACGGCGCAGAACCAGGGCGAAGGUGCCUACGAAGCGGAGCUCAUCGUGGCCCUCCCCCCGCAGGCCGACUUCAUCGGCGUCGUCCGCAACAGCGAGGCCCUGGCGAGACUUUCCUGUGCGUUUAAGACCGAAAACCAGACCCGCCAGGUGGUGUGUGACCUGGGGAACCCCAUGAAGGCCGGGACGCAGCUCCUUGCCGGCCUCCGGUUCAGUGUGCACCAGCAGUCAGAGAUGGACACGUCCGUGAAGUUUGACUUACAAAUCCGAAGCUCCAACCUCUUUGAUCAAGUCAGCCCGGUGGUGUCCUACAGGGUCGACCUGGCUGUCCUCGCUGCCGUGGAGAUCAGAGGGGUCUCGAGUCCGGACCAUGUCUUCCUCCCGAUCCCCAACUGGGAGUACAAGGAGCACCCCGAGACUGAGGAGGACGUGGGGCCCGUGAUUCAGCACAUCUACGAGCUGAGGAACAACGGCCCCAGCUCCUUCAGCAAGGCCAUGCUGACCCUCCAUUGGCCCCACAAGUUCCACAACAGCACGCUGCUCUACAUCCUCCAGUACGACGUGGACGGGCCCAUGAACUGCACGGCCGACACCGAGAUCAACCCCCUGAGGAUCAAGGUCUCCAGUUCGCAGCCGGCGGAGAACGACAGCGUCCCCGGGCAGGGCGAGCGCGGCCACCUGGUCACCAGGCGGGACCUGGCCCAGAGCGAAGGGGGCGUCCACACGCUGGGCUGCGGGGUGGCUGAGUGCCUGAAGAUCGUCUGCCAGGUGGGGCGCCUGGACCGCGGGAAGAGCGCCAUCCUGUACGUGCGGUCGCUGCUGUGGACGCAGACCUUCAUGAACAAGGAAAACCAGAACCGCUCCUACUCCCUGACGUCGUCGGCGUCCUUCAGCGUCAUCGAGUUCCCCUACAAGAACCUCCCCAUCGACGACAUCUCCAACUCCACCCUCGUCGCCACGGACGUCACCUGGGGCAUCCAGCCGGCGCCCAUGCCUGUCCCCGUGUGGGUGAUCAUCUUAGCGGUUCUGGCAGGGCUGCUGCUGGAAUGUUCUCAGGGCAAUUAUUUGCAUGAGGAGCCCGAGAGGGAGCAGCUCCAGCCGCACGAGAACGGCGAAGGCAACUCGGAGACCUAGCCGGCGGUUCAAGCUGCGCGGCCCCCGGCCCGGAGGGCGGCCUGGGCCCCGGGUCCCGGUCCCUUCGCGGGGCUGAAUCACGCUGCUGCCGGGGGCGUCGGCCACAGCACGGGAGCGAUACCCGCCAGGCUGCCCGCCACCAAGUUCAGACGCACCUUGAACGCACCCGCUGACACGUGCGUCUGGUGCUUGAGUGACGCGGUUCCCGUGGUAGCUCAUCAUGUACAUAGGCCGGUCGUCAGCGGCUCACACUUUCUGUGACACGGUACCCUCCCUCCCCCCCCACAGUGACCGUUUCUGGCUUGUGCUCUGGAUUUAACGAAAUCUGUUGUUGUUGUUCUAAAGCGAUUCCUUCUUGGAUGUUCGCAUCCGCAUCGUUUGCACAGGGACUCGGUGUUCAUACACAUCACACUACAGGCGCGUCUUCAGUGACUGAAGACGUUACAGCUCCGGGAACUGGGAUUUUAAUAUUUAAUACCUACACUUAUUACCACAUCAGAAUGUCUUCCUGGAAUAGAUAGAGUAUUUUGACUUAGUAUGAAAUUCGGGUACGUGUUGUUAAACUUUUAUUUAUAUCUAAUCCACAGUCCGCUUUAUUGCCUUUUGACUAUUGAAGUGUACGCUGCAUUUCCCAUCCUUUAAGUCAACCUGUGCUAAAAAUUAGUUCUUACAUCACAGACACCCCGUGUGUAACAGCUUGAUUUCAGCUGAGCGCCGUGCUGCUUAAAUCCAUAUGGAGUUGGAAGUCAUUUAUUUCAUUGAAUUGGUCUGGCCACUUAUAAUACAAAAAAAAGGGCAUUUAAAUUUAAAAACCACGUUUGUAGUUCUCCGAUAGAGUUGCUUGUCAAUAGUACGUUCUGAGGUUGGACCGAGUGUCCAGUCGGGUUCACUUGUUUCCCUCCGGUGCUAGUCUGGGUUCUUUCCCUUCUGUUCCCCAAACUGUUACUGAGGAACGUCAAGGCCAGCGAGGAGUCUUGCACCUCAGGAGCCGGCACCAGCCUCGGCCGCACGGGAAGGGCCUGGCGUCGAACGUCUCGAGCAUCCGUGGUGCGAGGCUGCGUACCUGGCGUUACCGCGUUCGGAGCGAGGUGUAACGUGCAAAACCAGUCUCAGCUCUCAGAUAAUUUUUUAAAGGUACUUUUAUAAGCAAUUCCAGUUACUGGGAAGAUUUUAAAACUUUCUUAGGGUUUUUACCGUGAAUUACUUUUCUAGGAAUUUUUUAUAAAAGCUGCACGGAGUGUUCUGGGCCUGCAGGCGAUACGUUUGCUGGAGGCCUGGGUGACUCACUCACAGCCCCUCAGAGCCGGCUGCGAUGACUCUCAUCACUAUUUUUGUGCAAUUACAUCAUGUUAUGCGUUAGAGGUUGAGAUUCAGUCGCUUUUUAACUGCUGUCUUCAUGAGGCAAUGACAAGUGUUUCCCUUAAAUCACUGAGUAUCUUUCUGUUUUAAAGACAACUGGGAUUUAUCCUGCCGUGACUCACGUGGUAAUUCCCCUCGCGGCCAACGCGAGAGGCACGUGGGUGAGUCACACACGAUCCAACAGCAGGACCCCCUAGUUAGCAUCAGUGGUAGGAUGGAUUUUAUUAGCAGCUUAAGAGAGCUUACUCACAUGCAGUUGGGACUUUUAUUGCCAAUAAACUUAUUUCUUUUAAAGAAAAAACCAUGUUUCUCCUAGGGCCCGCCCCCAGGCAGUCGCUGUCGCUCUAUAACGACUUGACCCAUUUUCCUGGCCCCCCGCGCACCGACAGUCAUUCCUGAAGUGACGUGUUGGGUAGAUAUUCACUCUUUCUAAGCACAGUUUGUGUUUCCUUUCGCAUAGUCUGUCCCUCGUGGGGCUUCGGUCCGAGGUCCAGUCUGGUAUCGGAGAUCGAAGGGCGCCCCAUCGGAACGUCACGUGAUGUUUCAGAUUGCCUUUAUGCACUGUGGUCUUAGGCAGUAGGAUUUUCUUUAAAAAUGAAAAUUUACAUCUCUAAAGAAUAUGGUAGAAGUCUAAUGUGAGCGCCUACUCGUGGAGGGAAAUGUUUGGAUUCUCUGUACCUGGAAGUAGCCUGUCAAUAUAUUUGGUUAAAAUGUAAAAGAACAAAACCCUAUGAAAACUAUUUUAAUUUUCAACUAUUUUAAUUACUAUUGUGCUAUUUAUUGAGAAUUAAAAUCCAGUUUGAGUAGACGGUUCUUGUAAUCUGAUUCAGUUUAAAAAAACACAUGAGUGAGGUACAUAAUAUUUAAAGCAUUUGUUGUUGGUAAAUAUUGAUGCUGUCGUUGAUUUCUUACGUAGGCAUUUAUUUGAGAAUUAAUAUUUUAAAAAACAUUUGCAUGAGACAUUCGUUCCUUGCCUUCCCUUUCCCUUUCCCUUGCGAUUAUUAUAAUCAUUCUGAUUGAGUUCUUAAUUCCGACGUGUAAAACAAUCAAAAAGGGAGUGCCACAAUGAUACCUGCGAUAUGAAACUACUUAUUCAUGGUGAAUUCUAAUACUUUUCUAUAAAGAGGAAAUUUGCGUAUUAAGAAAAGAGACUCUGCUGACUUCCUGAGAGGCUGCGGACGGUUUUAACAGCGAGCCGUGACCCUCAGGGAGGGUCUGUGUGGCGACAGCACAGCGUGUCCCAGGCCGGCGGGGUUAUCAGGCCAACAGCUCGGGAGGCGGCGGGCGCUCCUGUGGCAGAGGGAGCGCCCGGCACGGUGAGGACCGGUCCCCUGGGCCUGACUCAUUGCCACCUGCUGUGCUGUUGGGGAGCUCGUGCAGGUGGGAGUUUGAUAAAUAAGAAAAAAAUAAAAUCUGAAGAUGGAAUUGGGAUCAAACGUGGUGAAGAAAUGGCGUAGGCCUGUGUUCUGGAGCCUUACCCCUCUCGCUGGCUGGGAGGCGGAUGCAGUGAGGAUGGGACGUGCUUGCCUUUCACUGUCACUUCUGGUACAGAAUGAGCUCCCGGGAGAGGUGCCGAGCCUGGCGUCCUGUUGCCAUUGUCCCCAAGUGCAAUAUAACGAGUAACCAGGCCCGGACAGUCUCCGGCAUCAGUCGCUCAGUGACCCUGAGCUGAUGGCGAUGGAUUGAUGCUUGGUGAGCAGGAGGAGUGAGUCUGCGGGGGGCGCACAGAGGAAGUCACUCCGAUCGGUCCCUUCUGCAUGUUCCUUCCGGCUGGACACGGCUCCGCCUUGGGUCUGGAACACUUCGGAAUCCCCUGACGCGAUGGGGAAGCCGCGGGCGUCAGGGCGGUUUGCUGCCUGGGUAACAGGCUUUCUUAGUUCGCUUUGCGUCCCCUGAGCAGCCCGUGGGCGAGGCAUAAAACGCGCGUGUUCUACCCUUGUCGUUGCCAACUUGCUCUGGGUUUGUGGAGCGGGUACCGUGUCCUCCUGGUGUCCGGUGUGUGACUCGCGACCGCCCGCCCAAUAAAUGAGCCUCAGGUGCCA